CCCCGCAUCACUUCCGCUGAUUCUCCUCUCCUCUCUCCAGCAGUCACCUCAUCCUCCGUCGGUCUCGCGUCUAAUUUACGAGCUCUGUAGCCGGAGGUUUGCGUGCCUUUGCAUCCACCUGACAGUAUUCACUGAGAGAAAUGUCUGCUGCCGGAGAUGUGCCUGCGUUCUUCCAGAACAUGGGAAGCUCCAGCCCCAACCAGCCACGGCAGAAAUUCUGUGGCAUGUUCUGCCCGGUGGAGGGUUCGGCCGAGAACAAGACGCUGGACUUUAACUCGCUGUCCUCAGGGAAAGGUCGAGUGAUCGAGAGGCAGAAGGAUAUCUCCAAACCACGAAAGGUGGAGAUCAGGAGAAGUACUGGAAAAGAGAUUCUGCAGAACCUAAGCGACGAGAGUGACCGUCUCUUGAUUAAAGGGGCGAAGAUUGUGAAUGAUGAUCAGUCGUUCUGUGCCGACAUCUAUAUGGAAGAUGGCCUGAUCAAGCAAAUUGGAGAGAAUCUGAUAGUGCCUGGCGGGGUAAAAACCAUCGAUGCUCAUGGGCGUAUGGUGAUGCCGGGUGGCAUUGAUGUGCACACACGCUUCCAGAUGCCUGACAGGGGCAUGACUGCUGCUGAUGACUUCUAUCAAGGCACCCGCGCUGCGCUAGCUGGAGGAACCACCAUGAUCAUUGAUCAUGUGGUUUCUGAACCCGGGACGAGUCUGAUGUCAGCCUUCAAUCAGUGGCGGGAAUGGGCGGACAGCAAAGCGUGCUGUGACUAUUCUCUUCACGUGGACAUCACCGAAUGGCACAAGGGUGUUCAAGAGGAGAUGGAGGCACUCGUCAAAGAUCACGGCGUUAACUCUUUCCUCGUCUACUUGGCUUACAAAGACGUUUUCCAGCUCACUGAUUCCCAGAUCUACGAAGUGUUCAGUGUCAUCCGGGACCUCGGGGCCAUCGCUCAGGUCCAUGCUGAGAACGGAGACAUCAUAGCCGAGGAGCAGUGCAGGAUUUUGGAGUUGGGUAUCACUGGACCAGAGGGACAUGUCCUCAGUCGUCCAGAGGAGGUGGAGGCGGAGGCAGUGAACCGCUCUGUAACAGUGGCCAAUCAGACCAACUGCCCUCUUUACAUCACCAAAGUGAUGAGCAAGAGUGCCGCUGAUGUCAUCGCCCAGGCCAGGAAGAAAGGCACCGUUGUGUAUGGAGAGCCAAUCACAGCAAGUCUUGGUACGGACGGCUCGCACUAUUGGAGCAAGAACUGGGCCAAGGCCGCCGCCUACGUCACGUCUCCACCCUUGAGUCCGGAUCCCACCACACCGGACUAUCUCAACUCACUGCUGUCAUGUGGAGAGCUGCAGGUAACAGGAAGCGCUCACUGCACCUUUAACACCGCCCAGAGAGCUGUGGGCAAAGACGACUUCACCCUCAUCCCUGAAGGAACCAACGGCACUGAAGAAAGGAUGUCUAUCAUCUGGGACAAAUGUGUGGUAACUGGAAAAAUGGACGAAAAUCAGUUUGUGGGCGUCACCAGCACCAACGCCGCUAAGAUCUUCAACUUGUACCCGCGCAAGGGCCGCAUCGCCGUGGGUUCAGACGCCGAUCUGGUUCUGUGGGACCCUGAUGUCACGAAGAUCAUCUCAGCGAAGAGCCACAACCUGGCAGUGGAGUACAACAUCUUCGAGGGCAUUGAGGUGCGUGGGGCGCCUCUGGUGGUCAUCAGCCAGGGAAAGAUUGUGCUGGAGGAUGGGAACCUCCACACCACCGAGGGAUCCGGCCGCUACGUGACCCGCAAACCCUUCCCUGACUAUGUCUACAAGAGGAUAAAGGCUCGCAGCAGGCUUGCUGAACUGAGGGGCGUCCCACGGGGUCUCUAUGACGGCCCGGUCUGUGAAGUCUCAGUGACGCCCAAAGCUGUGACCCCUGCUUCCUCUGCCAAAACUUCUCCUGCCAAGCAGCCCUCUCAACAGCUCCGCAACCUGCACCAGUCCGGCUUCAGCCUCUCCGGCGCUCAGAUUGACGACAACAUCCCCCGCCGUAACACCCAGCGCAUCGUUGCGCCCCCUGGUGGCAGGGCCAACAUCACCAGCCUGGGCUAGACGCCCUCCUCCAGCCGACAGGAGAAUAGGGGGUUGGGGGAUAGGGAUGUCUAUAACUGAGGUGUUUGCUGAGACCACCUUGUCACAUCAAGAACCCUUCACAGGGCCUAUGAUUUUCCACUUCCUCCCAACCCCUGAGCUCUCGCCCGAUUCCCUUGUUUUUCUUUUCCCAACCUCGCACCACUUCCUAAAGGAGACAUCUAGAGAGAAAAAAAACAAAGUAUUUGCCUCGUGUGAAGAGAGAAGGAAAAAAUGUUACAUCCACAUUUGUGCACUUCUGAUUGUAUGAUUUUUAUACUGUACUUUCUACCCACCACGAGUCGUUAUCAUUUUUGUAUUUAACUUUAUUUGCUUUUUGAAACCAGAGGGAUCAAGUGCGUGUAUUAGAAAAGCAGUUUAUCAUUGUUACUUAUUAACAAGGUAAGGGUUAGAGUACUGGCUUUCUUGUGGCAUUGUGGCUAAAAGUCUAUUACACUAGGAAUGUUGUAAUUUUUGGAAAUCUUUUAUUACGUUUUUUACUCAAACAAUCAGUUUACAUCAGUAUGAACACCUGACCGUAUUCCGCCCAUGCCCUUUCCGUGGCAUUCAAUGCGAUACUUUCUGUACCGGUCAAUAAAAGAAAGCUUUUCCAGUGGUCGCUGAUUAAACACCAUGUGUUGUUUCACAACUAGAGAUAUUUAGUUAACACUGUUAAUGUUACUGAAGAAGAAACUGCAUGUGAAAACACGGAGCUUAGCAAAGUUGGAGAAAAUAAGAUAGGACCACAAAUGGUUAUAGCUGGAAACCUCCCCUGUUUUGGCCUCAACCCCGCCUCUUUUUUUUUUUUUUUUGCACAAUCUGCGUUAAUAUGUAAAGUUUAAGAAGAGGAUAAAGUCAAGUUAGUAUUUGGUCAUGAAAAAAGUGAGCUGUUUAGCUACUGAAGAAUUUUGAAUUUGUGUCAGAACUGGUGAAAAAAGUCUGAAUUAGUGAGAUAAAAAUGUCAAUGCAAUUUCUUUUUAGCUUCCAAAGUUAGCUAAAGAAAAUGCUGUUACGUCACUUUUAAAGAACAACGUGAAUGUAACUCCAUGAAAUUAGCAGCAAUUUCCUAAUGCGCUAAAGCCCAAAGUAUACUUUAGUGUUAACGCAAACACUUGCCGAAUGUUUACAGCCGAACAUGUUGCCUAUCAAAGUAUAUUUCAUUUCAUAGCGUGCGCAAACAUAGCCGCUGGACACAUGCGGAGUAGAAUUGAACUAAAAACUUGACAUGUUGCCACAUUGUGGACAAAGUAAUUAAUGCAAAAAAAAAACAAAAGUGCAUUAAAAAAACCUCAGUGUGCAUGUGUGAGCUGAGCUUAAAGAGUAAAAAAUCGGGCUCCACGCAUACUAAGUAAACUUUGGACUGAGAGUCAAACCCCCAGAUGGAUGUUUCUGUAAGUUUGUGAGUUGUGAAAUUUGACGGUAUUGAGUGACUAUGUCGUCAAGUGUGAUAUCGCAGACCUUACGCUAAUGUGUCUUUUUUGUAUCUUUAACUCCAAGCUGUGCCUGGGAUGUGCUGAUCAUGUUGAGUACUUCUACAAGAGCUUGUUCGUGUUUUUUGUUCGAAACAACUCAAAGGCUGUUAAAAGUAAAAUAGCCGGUUAACCGAUACAAAGGUGCCAGAUUUUCCUCUUUACUCGUCAUAGUGCUUUUGAAAGGCUUUUUAAAGAAUGAGUUAUCACAGCGCCAUUUUUAAUGUCGACAUCCAUUUUAGUGCCGUAGUAAAAUGCUGCAUACUGUAAUAAUAUCAUUCAAAUAAAAGUUAAAAGUUAAAGGUGAUAUUCAAUGAUGACCUGUGGCAGCUCCAUGUUUGCGUGGUGUUAUUUUAUUUUAUCAAAGAGUGAAUGAGAGUUUUUUUUUUUUGCACUGAGCAGCUAGUACUCUAGGUUAGCUAAUACAGCUAGCACGGUAUCAGUUUUCUUCUGUGUUUGACGCAUUUCCUUUUGAAACAAGAAGUUAGGACUGGAUACACUGAAGGGAUCAUCUCUUUAUUUGAAAGAACCAGGCUUUAGGUAUGUCAGUCAUUUUUAAUGAUUUGGUAUUUAGUAACACUAGUUGGUUGCUUGGUAUCGGGGGAGGGACACUGUCAUUCAAGAGAGCAUUUGAUUGGACAAAAAUCAGUGUAGUACAAUAUUAGUCAUCAAUCAUUUUUAUUAUUUUGCUGUUAGGAGAAAGACCUUUAAAGUGUUUUAUCUGCUUAUGAGUACACUAGAUUAGUUAGUAGAUAUAUCGCCACAUGACUCUUAAAGUAACGAUAAUCCACAUUUUGUGGAUGGUGCUAAAGUUUAUGUUCAGCUCAGACAAGGAAGGCGUGGUAGAAAGUAAAAAUGGUAAUAAAAGGACAUUAACUGGUUUUAAUGUGCCUUGCUUAAAUCUCACUAUGAUUUAGCAAUGGCGGGACUUUUUUGUAUAGGCUAGUCUGUUUUUCCUUUAGUAAACCCGUCCUCCAGCUGUUUUCUUUUCCCUCAUGCACAUAAUCUUGGCCGGUAUCAUCAUUCUCCGUUGCUUGCCCUUUCCUCUGUGACUCAACAGAGAAACACACACACACACAAGCUCUGAUUCAUUCCAGCGCUGACAGGGUUUCAACUUCAAUGUUCAGUGUGGCUUGGUUGUUGUAUACUUGUUGUGUAGCCUACUGGAAGACGCACAGUUGUCUGUUCCAAACUGAGGAUAUGGAGCUCCUAAAUGGACUUUGUGUUGGGGAUGUCAGUGCUUUUUGAAUUUUUGCGUUCCCCAGAGAAACUUUGCAUUGGCUUGUAAAAAAAAAAGGUUAACAGAACACCACCCUGUACUCACUCAAAUGUCCCAUUUUUAGUUUCAGUCAUGUGCUUUAGGUUCGUUAAGCUUAACUACAGCAAGAGAAAAGUCGGGCCGUCGUUUAGUGCGCUGUUGGAAUGUGUAUCUCUCAAAUGGAGGAGGGUGACGCGAGGUUAUGAUUCAUUCGUCUGUUCGCAGGGACUGAUGUGUUAAUAAUGGCCGCUGCAGGCCCUGUAGAGUCUAUCACCUCAUGACUGUUGAUUGUUUUCUUUCUUCCUGUUUCUUGUUCAUUUCUUGCUGACCUCAUUGCUUUUCCACUGUUACUAUGACGGCUGUCCCUGCUAGACAACGGGAUCUAACUCUUUUAUUUGUCAUGGCAACACAUUACACAUCGGAAGCAUACCCUUAGCAACCCUUCUGGGCCUGGUGCUAUUAAAACAACAUUGAAUGGCUGGAUCAUUUCAACUAAGUUGUGAUUACAGUGUAGCCGAACACAAACCAUAUACAGUACCCACCGUUAAAAAAAGACAGCCGCCAUCGUCCUUUCCCGCCUUUCUUGCAUGGUGGCACAUUCUGAAUUGUAGGUUGAUGGUUUGAGAAACAAUUUUCUUCUUUUUUGGUAUUUUUGUCUUUUAAAAGAAAAAACGUACUGAGCUGGAAAACAGAAUAAAGAAGUUAAGGUAAUACAUUUAAUUCAAGAUAAAUUCAGAGAAUUAACAUUUUGUUUAAUUUGCAUUCGUGUAUAUCAGAUUUGUGCUUCUCAGAUUUAAAUUUAAUGAUUAGUUUAAUGUUUAUUUAAAAAAAAAAAUUAUUUUAUUUCAUUGAAGUUGGUGUGAAAAUAUGGCAUAAAUUGAGAACAGAAUUGUCCUAUGUGAGAUUUCAAUGUCUUUUCCUUAUCGAUCAUAUGAGCAUAUGCAACAGUUCAAAUGAAACAUGCCUUAAGCAUUUCCUCUGAUCCCAGAGCAGCUGUUGGCACUAACACUACACACACACACACACACACACACACUUUGCUAUGUACGCUCGAAUGUUCUUCUAUGCGUGGUAUGUAAUCUAUGUAAAAUGCAGAUGGGAACUGAAAGAUCGUUCAGUCUGAGACUGCCAAUGAUUUAGAAUCCCAAACCCUCUCUUUCCCCACUCCAGAAGUGAACGUGUCGUGUGCUGGUGUUUAUUCUGUUGGCUGUGAUGUUUGAGGAUGUUUGCUUGCUCUUGAAAAUGUGUCAAAUCCCUUGGAUGGUGAUGUUACAAAAAAGGAAAAUUAAUAAAAGGAAGAAAAGA